AUGUUCCGUCGCACAGCAAGACUACUCUCAUCAAGCUCCGCUUUCCGCCCGACAAGAAACGUCAACAUGAAGCAUCAUCUUAUGAUUGGAACGUGGACGCCACCAGGAGCAAUAUUCACAGUGCAGUUCGACGACGAGACUCACGAGCUGAAGUUGAUCAAACGAACGGAAAUCCCAGAGGACCAGCCGAUAUCAUGGAUGACAUUCGAUCAUGCGCGAAAGAACAUCUAUGGAGCCGGCAUGAAGAAAUGGGGUUCCUAUUUUAUGGCGAGCCCAAGUGAAAUAACGCACCAUGCAUCGAUACCCAUGGGUGGACAUCCACGAGCAAACGAUAGCGACACCAAGACCAGAGCCAUUUUUGUCCUCGCCGCAAAGAAAGCACCCUACUACGUCUACGGCAACCCUUUCUACGAUCAUGCUGGCUUCCUCAACGUACACAGCGUUGACUCUGAGGGUAGGCUGGCUGAGAACGUUCAAAAUGCCGAGCUUGACGAGCGGUCCGCUAUUCACGGCAUGGUCUUCGAUCCGCAGGAAGAGUACCUGUACUCCGCCGAUAUGUGGGCGAACAAGAUCUGGACGCAUAAGAAGAAACCCGACGGUACCCUCGAACUCGUCGGCUUUGUCGACGCCCAAGACUCCGGCGACCACCCCCGCUGGGUCGAGAUCUCCCCCUCCGGCGCCUACCUCUACGUCCUCAUGGAAGCCGGCAAUCGUCUCUGCAUCUACGUGAUCGACGAAAAGACCCACCUCCCCGUCUACACUCGCACCUCCUAUCCUCUCAUUCCGCCAAACUUCUCCACUUUCCACCCAAAAAUGUACCGUUCGGACGUCGUCUUCACUUCCCAAUCAGGAGACUACCUCUUCGCCACUUCUCGAAGCAAUUCUCCCAAGCUGACAGGUUAUAUCGCGGCGUUCAAGCUUGGAAAGGAAGGGCAGGUCCAGAGGCAGAUCUGCUUGAAUCCGACGCCAACAAGUGGAGGGCAUAGUAAUGCUGUGAGUCCGUGUCCGUGGACCGAUGAGUGGGUGGCGCUUUGUGAUGAUGAGCAGGGGUGGGUGGAGAUUUAUAGGUGGAAGGAUGAGUUCUUGGGAAGGGUGGCUCAUCUUGAUAUCAAGGAGCCGGGGUUUGGCAUGAAUGCGAUUUGGUAUGAUUGA